UAUUCUUGUGCUCUGACAACUGCCUCGUGUUUUUGUCUCCCCUUUUUCGGCAAGAGUCAUCAAGCACAGAAGAUUUUUUAGCAUUUUUCGCAAAGUUAAUUUAAAAACCAGAAAUUCUCAAGUUAUAUUAGGACGCUAGUGUACAAAAAAAUGUCGGUCGAAGUAACCAAAGUGGAGACAAACGUAAAUGCAGAAGAGGGUGUUGAAAAUGCCGCACCAGUCGAUGCUGCAGAAGCUUCCGCAAAUGGCGAAGAGGUCAAAAAACAAAAGAAGCCCAAGCCAAAUAAUAAGAAACUGAGACAAGCGGAGGCCGCUGCCAAAAAGGCAAUUGAAGGUGUUGAUAGUGGGAGUGCCGAAAUAGAAAAUGCUGUUAGUAACGGUGAGCCGAACAGUGCGGCCGAGCCACUAACUAACUUAUCGGAUAGCGACAAAAAAGCAGCUGCCAAGAAAAAGAAUAAAAACAAAAAUAAAGGUGGUAGUAAGAAAGGCCAAACGGAUCCACCCAGCAUACCUAUUGCGGAGCUCUUCCCUGAUGGACAAUUCCCAGAGGGUGAGAUAUUACAACACCCCAUACCAAAAGAUCUUCCAGAUGAUCGUACUGCCAAAGAUCGUUUUACGUCGGAAGAAAAACGCGCUUUAGAUCGCAUGCAUACAGAUAUCUACCAGGAGUUGCGUCAGGCUGCAGAAGCACACAGACAAACUAGACAGUAUAUGCAAGGUUACAUUAAACCGGGCAUGACAAUGAUACAGAUUUGUGAAGAAUUAGAAAAUACAGCACGACGUUUGAUUGGAGAAAAUGGUCUGGAGGCCGGUCUGGCCUUUCCGACAGGUUGUUCCUUGAAUCACUGUGCUGCACAUUAUACACCAAAUGCUGGUGAUACGACUGUUUUGCAGUAUGAUGAUGUAUGCAAAAUUGACUUUGGCACACACAUCAAGGGGCGCAUCAUUGAUUGUGCUUUUACAUUGACCUUUAACAAUAAGUACGACAAACUUUUGCAAGCGGUUAAAGAAGCCACUAACACAGGUAUUAAGGAAGCUGGUAUUGACGUGCGUCUAUGCGAUAUCGGCGCCGCCAUACAAGAAGUUAUGGAAUCAUAUGAACUGGAAUUGGAUGGCAAAACGUACCCAAUAAAGUCGAUACGUAAUCUGAAUGGUCAUUCCAUCAGUCCAUAUCGUAUUCACUCUGGCAAAACUGUUCCAAUUGUGAAGGGUGGCGAGUCAACGCGUAUGGAAGAAAAUGAGUUUUAUGCCAUUGAGACUUUUGGUUCUACUGGACGUGGUCUCGUGCAUGAUGAUAUGGAUUGCUCGCAUUACAUGAAAAAUUUCGAUGCACCGUUUGUGCCUUUGCGCUUGCAAUCAUCUAAACAACUACUUGGCACCAUUAACAAACAUUUCGGCACUUUGGCAUUUUGUAAACGUUGGUUGGAUCGCGCCGGCGCUACCAAAUAUCAGAUGGCGCUGAAAGAUCUUUGCGACAAAGGUGUGGUGGAAGCGUACCCACCGCUAUGCGAUAUCAAAGGUUGCUACACAGCCCAAUAUGAGCAUACAAUUAUGCUGCGUCCUACUUGUAAAGAGAUUGUUUCGCGUGGCGAAGAUUAUUAGUACACGCAAAAUAAAGAAUGCAGAAGAACUAUUGUCGCGGUAUUGCAAGAGCGCAAAAGAACUCUAGUUUAAAAGGGUUACGGAGGCAAAUUGCAGACGUGCUUUUUAAAUCGCAACAUAAUCAAUAACUUUAUUUGUUUUCGUAAUUUAAUUUGAUCUAAUUGCUCACGGAAACUUAUUUUCUUAAAAACUUACCAAAUUGUUUAAACAAAAUUUCCUUAAAUAUAGUGUGUAACACAUGCAAUGCUAAGUCUUGAGCGGCGUUUAAAUUUAUAAGGUACAUACAAACAUACGGAACAAAUUUCUUACAUUAAUAAAAAUUGUUAAAUUUUGGGGAAAAAAUCAA